AUGCCCCAACUUACCUACACCAAUGACGGUGAGGCUAUCAAUCCCACUGGAAGGCCAGAUUUAGAGGGCUCAAAAAGCACAACCAAACAGAGAAUGUCUCAUUGGAUAGUGGAGGCUAUCUCUAUGGCCUAUGAGGCGCGUGGUUUGACUUCGCCUCUAGGGGUGUGUGCUCAUUCAACAAGAGCAAUGGCUUCUUCUCAGGCUCUCUUUAAGGGGUCUUCGUUGGAAAAUAUUUGUGCUGCAGCAGGAUGGUCCUCUCCUAGCACUUUCAUCAAGUUCUACAGUCUGGAUGUAAGGACGGCUCCUGGCUCCCAGCACCCCAAUGGUUUCCACUUCUGCGGAGGAUCCCUGAUAAACGAGAACUGGGUGCUCACUGCUGCCCAAUGCGCUGUCAUGGUGGGCUCUCACCGUGUCAUUCUUGGAGAACAUAAUCGUGGCUCCAAUGAUGAACCCAUCCAGUUCCAACUAGUUUCCAAGGUCAUCACCCAUCCACUCUACAACAGGGCAACCUUCAACAAUGACAUUGCUCUGCUGAAACUGUCGGCUCCAGUCACAUUUACACCCCGUAUCUCUCCUGUAUGUCUGGCUACAUCAAACACCAACAUCCUGCCUGGGACCCGCUGCUUCACCACUGGCUGGGGCCAGACUGCCACCACAACGAGCCCUGAGAUCCUGCAGCAAACAGUUGUACCCAUCAUUAGUCCUGCUGUGUGCAGGCAGAUCUGGGGUCAGAGCAGAAUUACUGAUGCCAUGAUCUGUGCUGGAGCCUCCGGUUCCUCAACUUGCCAGGGUGAUUCUGGUGGUCCUCUGGUGUGUGAGAGUUCAGGGGUCUGGACUCUGGUGGGCUCUGUGUCUUGGGAAAGAAGCACUUGUGACCCCCGUUUCCCUGCAGUCUACGCCAGCAUCUCCCAGCUGCACUCUUGGAUCGACAAGACUAUUUCUUCCAACUAG